AUGGUUGGUAAUAAGAGUAACUACGGUUCCUUGUGCGCGUUCUCCACAGUACUGAACUCCAUGUUCUCGUUGUUCCUGCUUCUCAUCAACGACAACGGCUCGGCCUAUUUCUUCCAGCGCCUAGAGUCGUGGGACCUGAUAGUGGCGAUGCUCUUCUUCCUCAUGUUCAUUGUCUUCAUGGUCUUCAUCCUCCUCAACUUCCUCAUCGAUGCCUUCAUGAGCGUCAAGGACAGGCACAUUGUCGCCACCUCCAUAGCCGCUGACCUCGCUCACAUCUUCAAGUACAAGUGGAACUGCUGGCGUGGCCGCUACCUGCCCUAUCGUGUCAUUCUCGACCGCCUUGUGGAGUUAGGUGCCAAGGACACCCGCUUGAAGGCGGAGGACCCUCGGGCGUGCCGCCUCAAGUCCAUCAAGCGGCGUGUAGGGUCUGUGUUCUCUGGCAGGCGGGGACCUGUCGACAACAAGGCGUCGCCCUUCGCCCGGUCUGACAACCACCCCGCGUUCCCGCCCGCAGCCAGCGACUCGUGGGCACGGCGGCAGCACGUGCUGACAGUGAGGGAGAAGCGCAUCGACGCCAUCUCGCUCACCAUGAUCCUGCAGCGCCGCCAGGAGACCGAGGCGAAGAAAACCCGCCAAUCAGCCGCUGCCACGUCAGCCAAGGCACUUUGUUUCUCCCCGUCCUCGUGUGAGAAUGGGGCAAUGUGGGGGUCUCACACCUGGAAUGCGGAGGAGGAGGAGCAGCUGGAGCAGCUGUCGCAGGCGGUGGUGCUGCAGUGCGGCGAGGUGGUGAAGCAGGCCGCCCUGCCCGUCAAGAAGCCUGUGCAGAAGCUCAGCCUCACCCACGUGCAGGAGGAGGUGGUGCGGUGCCAGGCGGGGGUGGAGGAGCUGAGGGGCAUGAUGGCGGACAUGCAGAGCGACAUGCGCGCCAUGAUGGCUCUGCUCGACCGCUCCUUACCUGCCUUGCGCGCCCAGACCCCUCCCGUUCCCCGCUCCGUAUCACCCCUGCCGGGACAGCAACCGCUGGUGCAGCCGUGUCUGAAGGUGCCGCAAAUGGAAGUGGAGGGGGGUGAGGGGCUUGGGAGGGAGACGGGUGGGAUGGGUGUGGGGGCUGGAGCAGGAGUAGAAGGGAGUGGGAGAGGCGGGCCUGUCCGAGCAAAUGGAAAUGGGAGAGCGAGUAGCAGGUUGGGGCGGCGGGUUGCGUUCCAAGAGGAGGCGAAGGAGGGCGGUGAGGGUGGUGCGAGCGCAGAGGACUCAUGGGAAGAGCCGCUGAUUAGAAACCAAAGAGACCUUUGA